UGAUUACCUUGAACCUGGUCACGUGGAUGGCGAAGUUGGAAGUCUAGUUAUUCGAAUCUCAGAUUCGAUGUUCUUCUUCAGCUCCUCGAUGGAGUUAUGACAUCAAAAGUCAUAAUUUUACAAAAAUGCUCAAUAUAAAACAUUUUGCUUGGUAAUAAAAUGCGUCUAAUGUGAUUUCAUAAGAAAUGGCUUGAGGUUUCUCACCAUUUUGAUAACAUAACACAGAAAUAGAAAAAGAUUAAGAUCUCCAAAAGCAUAAUUUUGACGAUUAAAUGUCAGGGUCAGGUGAAAGUAUGAACGGUUCUAUUGAGUAUUUUUUCCAGACUAUAUCUAUCACAGAAAAAAAGGAUACUAGUAAACGAGGCUAUCCCACACCUUCAAUAUAUCACAAUAGUUUAGCCAACUUGUAAAUAAGUUUGCAUUACAAUAUUCAUACUUACAGAGAUAAUAGACAAUUACAUCGAUUUACAAACAAAUCGCUUAAUUCAAAGAUCUAUGAUUAAAGAAUAGUUAAAAACUAUCAGUAAUUGAAAUGUGUAGCGAUUUAAAAUAAUUCUUGCAGGUGGAAAUUAAAAGAAACACAGCUACUUCAUUCAAGAGAACUCAUCUAUUUGUAAGUUAUGGCGAAAAAUGCGUGAAGCUUAGGAGGGAAAGCUGGGAGAAAAAUGUAAAAGAAAAACUGUGAUACUGAGAAACUAACUGAUUGUGUAACUAAACUGAUAAAGUAAAAGAUAUAUAUCGGAGAGCACAUCCGUACUCUCAUAUGCACAGCAACAAUUGUGAGUGGCAAUAGUACAGUGGGAAACAAUAUUCAAUUAUGAAGAGAUUUCUGGGUAUCGUUAUUGUGAUUGCAUUUGCAGCAACUGCAAGUUCGGCAAUCAAUUGCACUAAUAAUAUAUGCCUGGCAAGUGGAUCGCAGCACACUAUGUGCAUGUAUACGAGUUCGAAACCGGCAGCAGCCUGUGGUGAAGUAAUAUCUGUGGGAUUCACAGACAAAGAGCGAAGGCAAAUACUUCAUGCACACAACAUGCAUAGAUCAUUCAUCGCUCAGGGUAUAGAAAGAAGAGGAUAUCCCGGACCACAACCACCGGCAUCGAAUAUGGAAACAAUGGUUUGGGACAACGAACUGGAGGAAAUAGCUCAGAGAUGGGCGAUCCAGUGCGAAAACGGUAACAGUGGAUGUGCACACGUUGAUCGAUUCCUUGUCGGGCAAAACGUAGCUAGAAUGUAUUCUGGAAGUUCGACUUCAACACCAUCAGCCAUCGUGGAUACGUGGUACAAUCAAGUACAAAGGAUGGACCGCAAACAAGUUUCCCGACUUACAAGUACCAAUGGCGUGGAAGGCUAUACUCAAUUAGUUUGGGCUAAGACGAAUAGGCUUGGUUGCGGUAAAAUAGAGUAUACAGCAAAUAAUUACAAGUAUUAUUAUGUGGUAUGUAAUUAUGGUCCAAGUGGUAAUUUUUUGUACGAUCCAGUGUACGAAAUCGACAUGCGACGGAUUAAUUUAAAAAACAAUGUCUCAAUUGAUAUGAACAAAAUGUGUUGUGAUUCAAAACAAUUCCGUCAAAUGGAAAUUAAAAGAAACAAAGCUACUUCAUACAAGAGAACUCGUCUAAUUGUCAGUUACUGUACAAAAUACGCGAAGCUUAGGAGGAAAAGGUGGGAGGGAAAAUGUGAUAAAAAAGAUUGUGAUACUAAGAAAUUAACUGGUUCAGUGACUAAACUGAUAAAGCAACAGGUAUAUAUCGGCGAGCACGUCCGUACUCUCAUAUCCACAGUAACAAUAAUUGUGAGUGGCAAUAGUACAAUGGCAAACAAAAAUUCAAGUAUGAAGAGAUUUCUGGGUAUCGUUAUUGUGAUUGCAUUUGCAGCAACUACAAGUUCGGCUAUCAAUUGCACUAAUAAUAUAUGCCUGGCAAGUGGAUCGCAGCACACUAUGUGCAAAUAUCCGAGUGCGAACCCCGCAGCAGCCUGUGGUGAAGUAAUAUCUGUUGGAUUGACAGCCAAAGAACGAAGGGAAAUUGUUGAUGCACACAACAAGCAUAGAUCAUUCGUAGCUCAGGGUUAUGAAAUAAAAGGAAAUCCAGGACCACAACCAGCGGCAAAGAAUAUGCAAAAAUUGGUUUGGGACAAUGAACUAGCGCAAAUAGCUCAGAGAUGGGCAAUCCAGUGCGAUAACAUUGCCGAUGGAUGCAGACACGUUGAUAGAUUCCUGGUCGGGCAAAACUCGGCUAGAAGAGAGACUACUGGUAACGUGACUGCAACACCAUCAGAUAUGGUGGACCUAUGGUACAAGCAAGUUGGAAAUAUGGACCGCAAACAAGUUUCCGGACUUACAGGUACAAGCAACGUGGGUAGUUACACUCAAUUAGUUUGGGCCAAGACAAAGUUCAUUGGUUGCGGUAAAAUAGCAUAUAAUGUAAGUUCGCGCGAGUAUUACUAUAUGGUAUGCAAUUAUGGCCCAAGCGGUAAUUUUUUGCCUGAACCAGUGUACGAAAUCGUAUUACAACGCAAAUAAUUUGAAAAACUCUGUCUCUUUUGUUAUGAAGUAAUAAAAAAUAUUUUUAAGAACAAA